UCCCCGCUAUACCCGCACCUUGAGGUUGAGGCUGAGGCUUGCCUUCUCCUUCUCCUCUCCUGUAGUACGUUCCUCUUCUGCUCCUGCUGCUAUAGCUAGCUAGAUCCACAUCCAUCCAGGAGCCAGGAGGGAGAUCGAUGGCGAACGCUGGCGGCGGGCCGGCUGGGGAAGGGGAGUGGCUCAAGGUCGCCCAGCUCAGAGCCCUCCUCGUCCAGGCGCAGGAGCAGGACCCCCGCGCCAAGGAGGUGGACAACCUGACGCUGCGUCGGUUCCUGCGCGCGCGCGACCACAACGUGGACAAGGCCGGCGCCAUGUUGCUCAAGUUCCUCAGGUGGCGGGCGGAGGCGGCGCCCGGCGGCUCCGUGCCGGAGGAAGCAGUGCGCGGGGAGCUGGAGCAGGACAAGGUGUACAUGGGCGGCGUCGACAGGACCGGCCGCCCCAUCAUCGUCGGCUUCCUCGCCAAGCACUACUCCGCCAACCGCGACAUGGCAGAGUUCAAGAGUUUUGUGGUCUACUUCUUCGACAAGAUCUGUGCGAGGAUCCCCAGAGGCCAGGAGAAGUUCCUGGCCAUCAUGGAUCUCAAGGGCUGGGGCUACGCAAACUGCGACGUCCGGGCCUACAUCGCCGCCAUUGAGAUCAUGCAGAACUACUACCCGGAGCGGCUGGGCAAGGCGCUGAUGAUCAAUGUGCCCUUCAUCUUCCUCAAGGUGUGGAAGACCAUGAUCUACCCCUUCAUCGACGCCAACACCAGGGACAAGUUCGUGUUCGUGGAAGAUAAGAGCCUGCGGGAGACACUGAGGCGGGAGAUCGACGAGACCCAGCUCCCGGAGUUCCUCGGCGGGAAGAUGCCUAUCAUCCCCCUCAAGGACUACGCCCAGCAGCAGCCUCAGCCCGUUUGCGAGUGAUGAGUCUGUCUGUUAACGACGAUGGCUGGCCGGCCGGCGUGACAUGAUGAUUGAUGAGCGAGCCAAAGCCCAAAGCUGAUUCGAUCUUGACUACUACUGUACUACAGCCUACAAGAGGGAAGAGGAUAUAGGCCCUCUAGUACUAGUCCUGCAAGUCUGCAAAGCAUCCUCCGCUUGGCAGGGUCAGUGGUGAUCAUCUGCAGCUGAUCGAACAAGCUAGCGUAGUACCCUGACGCUGGGCUUGGAAAUGACAAUUAAUAUGAAUGUGGGAUGGAUGGAACAUCAUGUCUAUACGAGGCAUAGUAAAGGAUUAACGCCAUUAUUAAAUCUUCGUUCUCCGAAUUUUCAGUAA